AUGGACACUCAUGAGGGGGACAGCGAUCGCUCUCCCGACUUGAAUGACAAGUUGGAGCGGAAUCAGAAGUUGAAGGAACUCGAGGAGGGUCAGGGUCAGGGUCGGCGAUUGUCGCAUCAUCAUGUUACGGCGAUUGACUCGUCGUCCACGAGUGAGAGCGUUGGUCGUCAGAUUGAGAUGGAGUCGGAGAAUACUAUUAAGUAUCGGACUUGUAGUUGGCAAAAGACUGCUGCCCUGCUCUUCUCCGAGUACAUUUGUCUGGCUAUCAUGUCUUUCCCCUGGUCGUACUCUGUUCUGGGUCUCGUGCCCGGUCUGAUCUUGACUAUUGUUAUUGCGGCUAUCGUGCUGUAUACCUCGCUGAUUGUCUGGCGAUUCUGUCUACGACACCCCGAGAUCCGUGAUGUGUGCGAUCUUGGCCAGUAUCUUUUCUGGGAUUCCAAGAUCGCCUGGUGGGCCACUGCAGUGAUGUUCCUACUGAACAACACCUUCAUCCAGGGUCUGCACUGCGUCGUCGGUGCCGAGUACUUGAACACCAUGUCCGGUGGUGCAGUCUGCACAGUUGUCUUCUCCCUCAUCGUUGCAAUCGUCUCGUUCUUCUUCUCUCUGCCUCGCACAUUCAGCGCUCUAUCCCGAGUCGCCACCUUUUCCGCCUUUUUCACCUUCAUCUCCGUCCUUCUGGCGACCAUCUUUGCCGGCAUUGAAGAUCAUCCCGCUGGAUACCCCGAGAAGGGAAAUCCCAUUGUUCUGGCGAUUCCCGCCAAGGGCACGACGUUUAUUUCUGGCAUGAGUGCAUUCUUGAAUAUUAGCUACACUUUCAUCGGUCAGAUUACCCUGCCCAGCUUCAUCGCCGAGAUGAAGGAGCCACGCGAUUUCUGGAAGUCCGUCACUGCCGUGACCAUCGCCGAGGUGAUCGUCUUCAGUCUAGUCGGGUCAAUCGUGUAUGCCUACACUGGUACCCAAUACGUGACCGCGCCCGCCUUCGGCUCUCUCUCGGACGAAGUCUACAAGAAGGUCUCCUUCUCCUUCAUGAUUCCCACGAUCAUUUUCCUGGGCGUCCUGUACGCCUCCGUAUCAGCCCGUUUCGUCUUUUUCCGUCUGUUCGAGGGAACCCGCCACAAGGGCAACAAUACCGUCGUGGGCUGGGCUGCUUGGGCGGGUAUCCUGGCCGUCCUGUGGAUUAUGGCCUGGAUCAUCGCUGAAGUUAUCCCCUUCUUCUCGGACUUGUUAUCGAUCAUGAGUUCCCUGUUUGAUUCCUUCUUUGGUUUCAUCUUCUGGGGCGUGGCGUAUAUUCGCAUGCGGGCUGCCGAUCAUGGACCGGACUUUUAUAAGACUCGUGGUCUGCGUGGGUGGUGUGGUUUCAUUUUUAAUGUGUUUUUGAUUUUCGUCGGUCUUUUCUUCUUGGGACCGGGUACCUAUGCCUCCGUCAUGUCUGUGGUCCAAAGUUACCAGUCUGGCACCGUCGGCGGUGUCUUCACUUGCGCUAGCAAUGCACUUUGA